AUGAUUCGAAAGCUUGUGUUGGGAAGCCUUCAUCAAACUCCGAUUAUGGGUCGGCUGCAACGAUCAUCAUCAUCAUCAUUGGCAAUACAAGGAUUCAUCUCAACACCCUCCUCAUCCAGUAGUGGAGAUGUUGGGCUCUCCUCGAGUUGCUUCAAUAAUGGCCAGUUGGAGCAAGAACCUGCGACGAGUCGGAGGGGAAAUUCUUUUCAAGCUUGUGCCACUAUGAAUCAUCAUCAACGUGUUGCAACGGAAAGUGAGAGGAGAAAUAACACCUGGUGGGAAUCUAGUUGUGAAGUAGUAGUGGAUACAGAUGAUCAUCAACAUCAUUCAUCAUUAAACAGUCGUAAUGCUGUCGGAAAUAACCAAGUAGUGCUGGAGAGAAAUAUUUCAUCAAGACAAGAAUUCUAUCAGGUCCAUUAUUAUGACAUGAAUAAUACUAAUAGUACCAGUUACAACAACAUCAACAACCACAGCAACAACUAUACUCACCAUCAUCAUUCUAGGAAAAGUACAAAUCGUAUUUUGAAUGUUUCUUGUAUCAAAACGAAUCAUCAUGGACUGAUUCAUCAUACACAGCAAUUUAUCCAUCGGAAUUAUGGUACUACAGUGAUAAAUCAGCCUUUCUUUUUAGAGAGAUACUUUGCUAGAUAUGAAUUUCACACCAAAUAUUUGUUGAGUUCAUCAGACUGUGAAUCCAUGAGUAUUCGAGAAUUAAUCGGAGAGAAUAAUGAAUUUCGAGAGGGACUAUUAAAUUGUCAUUUGGGAUAUACAGACACGAAAGGAGAUUUGGAGUUAAGAGAAUUAAUUAUUAACAAACAUCCAAAUUGGUAUGGUGAUGUGGCUGGAAAGCCUCCCUCUAAUCGUCUCGCUGCAUCCAAUGUUGUUAUAACAACAGGAGGCGUAGAACCCAUACUCGUGUUUGCAAUGACUUGUCUAACCAAAGAUAGCCACAUUAUUAUUCAAUCUCCCAGAUAUCAGGCUCUCUCUGAAAUUACAAAUAUUGCAAAAACAAAACACUCUUUUUGGCAUGCGAAAUUAGUGAAUCAAAAGUGGACAUUUGAUGUGCAAGAUUUAGAAAAAUUAAUUCAACCCAAAACAACGGCCAUCAUUCUCAAUCCCAUUCAUAAUCCAACUGGACAUAUGCACACACUAGAGGAAUAUUUAAAGAUUAUUGAAAUUGCCAAGAGCCAAAAUAUUCUCAUAUUUUCUGAUGAAGUUUAUCGAGGAUUGGAAUAUACAGAGCAAGAUGCAUCCAUACCCUCACUAUCAGCACUGUAUCACAACGCCAUCUCCAUGAAUGUCAUGUCUAAAUCGUAUGGCCUUGCAGGACUUCGACUGGGAUGGGUUGUCUCUCAGAAUCAACAAAUUUUAGAAAACAUUGUAAAGGGAAAAGACUUUACGACUAUUUGCAAUCCAGCUCCAUCCGAAUAUUUGGCAAAAAUUGCACUCAAGCAAUCAGAACAAAUCUUACACAACAAUAGACAAAUAGUCACAAAUAAUUUGAAGAUUGCAGAGGAAUUUUUCAAAUCAGAAGAAAACUCCAAAUUAUUUGAAUGGAUACCACCAAAAGCAGGCCCUAUUUGUUUUAUUGGUUUUAAGGAUGGUAGAGAGGGUGCCUUUAGAUUUUGUGAGAGAGUGGUGAAGGACUGUGGUGUCAUGCUACUUCCUUCGACGGUUUACAAUCGAUUGGACGAUGCUCAUGUUCGUAUUGGUUUGGGACGAAAAAAUUUUGCAGAGGGUUUACAAGUAUUGUCAAAAUAUAUGACAUCAUCAUGUCAUCAUUGUCAUCAUUAA